CCCUAGUACCAGUACCAAGCUUACUGAGCUACGACGACGCACGGUCCUCAUUUCAUUCUUGUUAACGUACUCCCAUCUUCGUCUUCAUUUCAUGUAAUGGUGAGGCGGACUAGACAAGCUUCUCCUUCCUCCAAAGGGCUCCAGGCCGGGCAAGUCCUCCGACGAGAUGUUCUAAAUGCAUGGGGUUGGGUUGGUUCAGAAAUUACCGAUUCCUCAUCAAUAACACGCGACCAUUUACUUGCCACUUGCGGGUUCUCGAGACGUAGCAAUCAUCCUUUCUGUCGGAAUCAACACAAGUCGAAAUCGCGUAGUGCACAGUCUUCAAACCCUGCUAGUCCUCAAGCCGUAAACGAUAUCAUACCAGAAGAUGUGAUCGUAAUAUCUGACGGGGAAGACGAGGGACGUAAAUGUAGCAAAAAGGCUUGCAAAGGCAACCCAAACUGUUUGAACUAUCUAGGACAAGAGAAAUGGGAAACUGAAGAAUCAACAAUUAAAAACUUUCUGCCCCUCUCAAAACUCGGAGAAAAUCCUUUGCUACUCUCCAGAGAUCCAGAUUUGCCCGUUGGUUUGAAGAACCUAGGCGCCACUUGUUACGCCAAUGCUUCCCUUCAAUUCCUGUUCCGACAAUCGCAUCUCUUGGCUGGUGUCUACAAUUGCCAGAUUCCUGAGUCAAAGAUUAUGGACUCACCAAUUUUUCACCUUCAAGUCACCUUCGCAGCGCUGCAGGAAAGUAUACAAAGUGUUUUCAACCCCUCUAAGCUAGUGGAGAGCUUGCAAUUACGCACCGCCGAACAGCAGGACGCGCAAGAAUUUUCCAAAUUGUUCAUGACCCAUCUGGAUGCUGAGUUCAAGAAACAACCGGACCAAUCGCUGCAAACUCUGGUGAAUUCCCAGUUCGAAGGCGAACAAGUAUAUGGUACAAUGUGUGACAAUUGCAAAUAUCGCUCCGAACGACGUUCCAACUUUUGGGAAAUCGAAGUCAAUUUCCAGAACAACUCCAAGUUAGAAGACUGCAUUGGAGCUCUCCUUGAGCCUGAAACAUUGACAGGAGAUAACAAAUAUUUUUGUGUACAGUGUGACGGACUCCAGAAUGCUACUCGGUACACCAGACUCCAGAGGCUCCCUCCUGUGCUUCAUAUAUCCUUGCUUCGUUUCGUUUAUGAUCUGAAAACAAUGGAACGUAAAAAGUCCAAGAGCUCAAUCGUGUUUCCCAAGGUUUUGAACCUGACACCAUUCGUUUCUUCUGUUACUGGAAGCAAUACAUCUUCUGUUACUGGAAGCAAUACAACGCCUUCUUCAGGCAAUGUAUACGAGCUUCGCGGAAUUCUACUGCACAAGGGUCCAAGCGCCUACCAUGGUCAUUAUGAGGCUCAGGUGUUUGACACUAGGGCUAAUGCUUGGUUUCUGUUCAAUGACGAGGAAGUGACGCGUAUUGAGGAUCAGUUGGGUGACAAGCGCCCCACCAAGAAGGAAAGGAAUAAAGACGAUGAACAAGACGAAGAAAAGCCGACAGGUUCAAAGAGGAAGAAGAAUGCGAAUGGUCCGCGGAAGCGACAACGAGUUGACGAUAGUGAGGACGAAGCAGCCGCGUCCCCGCAUUCCAGUCAGAAUGGAAGCCCAAGUGACAUUCACUCCAAGGAUGCAUACCAACUGAUCUACGCUCUACGGCAAUCUGAUUCCUCUAUAAAUCCGGAAGUCACUGCCCCUCCUCGCGCUAUGAAUGUUGUCAACGAGCUUAACGCUUCUCAUGACAGGGAAUGUGAAAAAUAUACGGAAAGGGAAAUAUCAACCCACCUGGCCUUGAAUUCUCGUAGAGCGCAGGUCUUGAACAUCUGCAAUGGCUGGUCUGUGGCUUCUGAUGACGAUGAUUGUGUCAUAGUAAGCAGACGGGCCUUGCAAGAAUGGCUAUCCGUGCAUUCAGUGGCAGGACUCUUUCCCAAUGAGGAGAACCCCGAUUCAGCCUUGUCACCUAUUCAAAUAGAUAUUGGAGACAUCCUGUGUAAACAUGAUCUUCUUGAUCAUCGCCAUGCGGACAAGAUGAAGCGCAUUUCUCGGGAAGCCUAUACAAAGAUCAUGAAAGAUACAAAUUGUGUGUUCGAACCCACACUCUCAUUGGACGACAUUUGUUCUGUUUGUGUUAAUGAUGCUUUCAAAGAGCGCAUGUAUCAAAUAGAGCAUCCUCUGCUUGUGGCUCAGUUCAACGAGAAAGUCAACUUCGGAAAUGAACGUUCUGGAUACUGGAUAUCAAAGGCCUGGCUCAGAGAUUGGGUCCUUCAAAAACCGAAAAUGCAUGUUGCUUCUGCAAACGAUCCACCACCAGAUUCUCCAGAUUUUUCUGAUGAUGUUCGGUGUGAGCAUGGUGGUCUGUCCCACAGAACUACUGCAAGGCGGCGUAUCUCGAUCGAGGCUUGCCGGAUUCUGAUUUCAUUGUUUCCGGAAUGGAAACCAAGCCCUGUAGACGAUGAACCUUGUUCGGUUUGCCAAGUCCUUGCCUCCGAACGCAAAGCUAAUAAUUUUGAGUAUCGCAAGCAAGCUGAAAUUGAGAAGGCAAAAUUGAGGCAUAUGCUCGAAUACGCAUCCGACAAAGAUCUGUUUCUUGAAAAUGUUUCUUGCGCUUUGAUUCCUUUAGACUUUUUGCGUAGUUGGAGAAGAUGGAUCAACAAGCCAUUGGAGGUCACCAGACCGAACAAUCUAGAUAACAGCGUGUUCUUAUGCGAACAUAAAAUGUUAAAUCUGGAUUUUCCAGAUAUCGAAUCAACCGCUGCAAUCAUCAAACGGACCGAAUGGGACCAGUUAGAAACGUUCUAUAACGCUUGUCCGUUAAUUGCCUUGAGCCCGUCGGAAGAAAUUGAACUUCGCUUUAAUCUUCCUGUCUGCUCGGACUGCCGCCACGAGAGAUUAUUAGUUUGGGAGGUAGCAGAGAUAACUGUACGAUUACAUGGAAAGCGCUCGUCCAAGGACAGUGGAGAAUCUUUACACAUGCGGAAGACUUAUGGCACGAAUUCUGCUCGCCAAUCUAAACGUCUUCGACAAAGGCGCGAAUACGGAGAGAAAAGGAGCAUUCCUAUAACCAAGCUCAUGUCAGUCAAAGAUGUGAAAAUUCUUCUUCAUGAAGAAUUCGGAAUUCCGACUAUUUUCCAGCGACUCAUACUACACGGUCAAGAGCUGCUUGAUAAUGAGGCCACCGUAGAAAGUCUUCAUGUUCUUGUCAGCGACACCUUGGAACUAUAUGAAGAAAGCGAAUCGUUAGAGAUUUCAGAUUCAUACGACGAUGUUGUUUCGAAGCAGGAAGGGCAAGGCUUUGGAGGAACUUUACUUGGGGUUCUUGACUAGUUACUAGUUUAUACAAGCAAUGAAUGUACUUCGUAUCGAAAGCAGCGGUCUCUAUACUGAGAAUCACAUAUAUAAAU